AUGGAGGCGGAUCGCAGUCCCAACAGGCAACUGCAACUCAUCGUUAAUUCCCUCAACAGUCGCACUCAGAGCAGGGCCAUCAUUGCAAGCUGCCGAUCGGGGCUUCUCCCUGUCCAGGCUGCUCACUGUCAGAAUGGGCAAGCCAUCACUAGCUCCCUCCACAUUUGCGCUACGCUACCGGUGUCCAGGCUGGUUUUGAUGGCAGCUGAGUCACGCCCCCGUUUGGAGAGGAGCUGCAGGCAGCAGUUGUGUGAGACCGAGACCAAGAGGGCAUGCUGUGAGAGUCUGGGCCAAUUCAGGGCCGAGGUCAACAACAUCCGCUCUCUGAUGUCGGGUUCUUCCGCUCAACCUCCUCCUGGCAUCGACCCUCUGUCUGGGAGCAUGCCAUCUCUACUCCAUUUUACUGGCAUCAAGCAGGGCCACAUUGAGGAAAUUGUCAGUAAGAUGAAACCCUGUGCCUGUACCCCUGACCCCAUUCUUAGAGCUCUGCUCAAAUCAUACAUAUCCACUCUGAUCUCCCUGAUCACCCAACCUGUCAAACUCUCCCUUCAUACUGGUAGUUUUCCAUCUGCCCUCAAAGUCUCAGUCUACCACCCCCUCCUCAUGAAGCCCACUCUGGACUCAGAAGUUCUUGCCAGCCACAGACCUUUCCUGUGCAUAGUGUUGGAGAAGGAGGUUGCUUCUGAGCUUCAGAGUGCCUUCACACUGCCAUUGGACUGUCACACUCUGCACUUAAGUCCUAUUGGAAAGACACAGUCAAGAGGUUAUUCAGAGGUGCCAGCAAUCACACAAGGUGACGGCCGCAGAGAAACAAAGGCCACAAUGGUGAAGAACAGAACGAUGCCAGUGGGUCAUCAUGAGCACUGCAACAAGUGUUACAACGUCCACUGUGAAGUCCCAGUUCAGAUUUCAAUCUCAUGCAUGGUCAUCAAGUGUCGUAAAAAUUGUGGCGCUGUCCUGCAUAUGUGCAAGGAAGAGGAGCAUGAGCUUCUCUGUCCCAAUGAGACAGUCCCCUGCCUUAACACUGACUAUGGCUGUCCUCUCACCAUACUGCGUCACAGGCUGGCAAAACACCUGGAGGUCUGUCCUGCUAGCGUGGUCAGCUGCUCUCAGGAGUGGAACCGCUGGCCUGUUUCAGAAACUGAUUUGGCUUUCUACAGAAAUAUUUCAGAAAACCAGCAAACUGAGCUACACCUCGAUGUUGCAAUGGCUCUUAGAGACCAAGAGCUGCUAUUUCAAUCCAUCAAAAUGAAGGAUAUUUUUCCUGAGUGGAUGGUGCAGGAUCCUGCCCCUCAGGAUAUUGCUGCUGAGGUCAAUGGUCCAGCAUGCGAAGCAGCCUGUUCUUUAGAUUGUGGUGAAUUUACAGAAAAUGGCUUUACAAGCAUGGAGGAAAAGGAACUGAGUCAAGAGGAGAGGGAUGCUUUGACAAAAAGCACAGACUUGGAGAGUAUUCAGAACUUCAGCACUUGGGACAAAAUAUUCAAGAAGGAGAUGGGUGGAUGCACGCAAACUGUCAAAAACUUGAAUAAAAAGGAAGAAAAAGGAAAACGAAAGGAAGAGCAAGAAUCAUCAAACUGUCAGAGAGAGUCAAGAGACUCCUACCAUGUCCAAGAAAAUGCUGAUGCAGCUUCAAGCAUGAAUGAUGGAACUGGCCUUGCUCCAUGGCAAGACGGAGCCCUUGAAAGGGCAGGCAAAGAGCUCAACAUUGCUGAUUAUAACAUGUAUCUGGUGCACAAUGGAGCGAUGCUGAUUAACUUUGGCCAACUUGCUGCUUGCACUCCGAGAGAAAAGGAUUUUGUGUAUGGGAAUCUGGAGCCCAUAGAGGUCAAAACGGUUCGCUCGUUUCAUAUUCCUACCAGCUAUCGAGCAAAGCGCACUUAUCUGAAGGAACCUACAAACAAGGCCAAGACCAAACACCAAAGUGUUGACACUGCAGAUUUGGGCGUGUCAGUUGAGGAUCUUCCAAAGUGUGACGAGGUUAGUGCCACACUGCUGUGCUGUCUGGAAAAGGAAAUGAAAGGUCAUUUAAUCUCAGAGAGCACAGGGACAGAUGGUCUUUAUGUAGAUAUAGGAACACAGACAUACAACUUUGGUUCUGCUCCUUUCAAAACGGAUGUGUCGCUUUCAAAUGUCAUCGCAGACAAACCUUGUGGUCUUCAUGUACAUAUUGAAGCAGAAUCUGUAACCAGAAGACACAAUAAAUCGAGUUCUGCCUUCAGCUACAUGUGUGGCCACUUCUUUCGCCGUGAUGAAUACCGCUCUCAUUUCAGGAAUGUGCACUCUGACAUACAGGCCUGCCUAAACGGCUGGUUUCAACAACGCUGCCCCUUAGCAUACCUUGGCUGCACUUUCACCCAGACAAGGUUUCACCCUGCAGGUCACCAAGCUACAGUCAAAUACUGCAAAGAUGUCAGCACCUUUGUCAUCCAGCCAGACGUCCCUUCAUCCCUCUGUGAAGGCAGGACAACAUUCAGCCCUCAGAGAAAUCAUGCAAGUAAUCUGGAUCCCCUGAGUAGUCUGCCCCUAGAGAUCCUUCAGCACAUUGCGGGUUACCUUGACAGUUUUACAUUAUCCCAGCUGUCCCAGGUUUCCCAUCUGAUGAGAGAGGUGUGUGCCACAUUAUUGCAGGAGAGAGGGAUGGUAUCUCUCAAGUGGGAGAAAAAGACAUAUUCCCAUGGGGGAAGCUCCUGGAAAUGUAGAAAGAAAGUUUGGGAGUUCAGCUCUUUGUUUUCCUCUGUGGACAGAUGGAGUUUCAGCAACAUAUCCGCCUUGUCAGAUCACCUGAAAACCUGCUCCUUCUACCAGAGAGAGGAGCGCACCGAGCCAGUGGCUUUAGUCGGCUUGGGAGAGGUCAGAGACAAAGGGGAGACGUAAAGCAUAGAUAAUGCUCAUGGUCCCAGAGCUCAGUGGGUGGACCCCAACAAGAGCUAAAGGAGCUAUGCCAUUUUAAGAAUCACUGAGACGAGAUAUGUAUUCACCCACAAAACUGAAAAGUGGAUAAAGCCUUUUCAUGCACAGCUACUGUGUAGAAAAAGAAGGGAAGUCAGAGCUGAUGUGUGUUUAGCCCUGCAGACAGACACCAUAAUGAUCCAAUGUAAAGGAUUCACUUUGGCAUAAACUGCAAUUUCUGAAGAGACUUGUGUGAUUUAAUAAUUUUCUGUUUUCUUUUAAUAUCUCCAAAAAUAAUUGUGUCUGUAAAUUGGCACAAAGUUGCAACAUGUAUUUAUUUACGCUGUGUAUUGAGAGAAAAUCAAACUUAAAUAAUCCCUCUCAUUCAUUUAUUGAUAUGCCGUUUGAUAAGGGUGCUCAUAUUCUGUAAUAUGAGAUAUUUUGACCUACAUUUACCUUUAUUUAGCAUAUUAUGAAAAUUCUUGUUUCUAUCGUUCCAUGUCAGGUUUUGUUCUUUAGGUGAAGUUCAACAAAAUAUUCAAAUAAAGAAAUAAGAGCAGCAAACUAUUUUUCAACAUGACAAGACUGACAUCUACUGGAGAAAAGCUGAAGCACCUCAUCUGUUUGCAAUGGUGUCACAUUACACACAGUAAAACAAGUUUGAAUAUGAUAUUAUUUUCUAUUUGAGACAUUUGAUCAAAUACAGCACUGCAUGCACUGCGAUGAGAACACUGACAACUUUGUUUCUAGUUGAGACUGUAUUAGUUGAGUAAAAGGAGAGAAUUGUGAUUUAUGUAUGUGUGUCACUGACAUGAUAUACUGCACAAUAAAUCUGACUUUAAGUUGACUUAAU